UGUGUGUGUGUGUGGGUGUGUUUGUGUGUUGUCACUUUAGUUUCAAUGAAUCACGCAGUUUAUUUGGAGCUCCAUGACUCAUAUGUUUGUCUGGCUCAGAUCCACUGGAGUUUCUUCCCUCCCACUCACACCCUGCUCUAUAAACCCAGCAGCUCACCUCUUCAUUCAUUCAUUCAUUCAGACUUCCAGGCGUCUCCCUGAGAAACACAGACAGCAGGAUGUUCUCAGAGUGUGAGUGUGGGAUUUGUUACCGGACAUACAAUGCAGGUCGUCGGUGUCCCCGGGAGCUGCUCUGCAAACACAGCUUCUGUGAGAGCUGCCUGCUGGCCCUCUCCCGACCCGAGGCUCGCUGUCUGGGCAUCCUCUGCCCUCUGUGCCGGCAAACCACCUCCAUCUCCGGGGAGGGGAGGCUGAGAGCAGAGCUGAGGGUGGAUGAGUGCGUCCUGGAGCGGCUUAUAGCCUCUGGAGUCCUCAACGAGGAGGAGGAGGAGGAGGAGGAGGAGGAGGACAGUCAUGUUCCAGAGGAGCAGACGACGCGUCCAGAGACUCCGGCCGAGGAGAGCGACCUGUCCCCGGGCUCCAGAGGUGGGAGGCUCCGGCGGUCGUGUAGGAAAGUUUGGCGGCUGGUUAGUGGGAAGGGAAGGGGAGGAGAAAACUGUAUGACCAAUGAAGACUUGAGGGACUUCGCCAUGAUGUCCUGCUACAUGUUUUAAAGAAUCCACAACUUCAGAUACCCUGGCUAAUGUGAUACUAUAUUUAUAUCCAAUGGUUCUCCUUUGCAACAUGGACUUGUGAUGAUGAUGAUGAUGAUGAUGAUGAUGAUUAUGAUGGUGGUUAAAACCAUGCUGGCAAGACACAUUCAGCAAUGAUUCAAGUCAGCUUUUCAGCUUUGAGAUUGCUUUUUUAUAUGAUGACCACUAUGUAGCUUUGGCACUCAAAUUGGAAAGAAAUGGAAAACUUGUGAAGUGGCCCUUUUUAGGCCUAUUAAUGCACUAAUGUAUAUUAUAUUUAUUAUUUUCAUGUAUGUAUUUCAUUUGGAACUAUUGUUACAUAUUUAUGGAAAAAUAAAUGAGUUCUGGUU